AACUGAAUAUCUUGCAGAUAUUUAUGCUUCUCUAAAUAAUACAGAUCAUCUUCGAUAUUAUGUAGAUAAAUUUCAAAAAGAAAUCCAUCUACAAGGUCAUGGUCUUUUAGGAGUUAUAUAUAAUUAUUCACAUAAUAUUAAUAAUUUUUAUAAAUAUGUUAAGCGUUUAG